AUGGAAGAGCCUGAAGUUGAAGAUGAUACCAAGUCAAACGAAGAUGAAGUUGAUGUAAUAGAUAAAGAGGUUUGGGAACACGAGCUGGAUGAUGAGGAGUUUUCUAUGAAAAGGGCAAGAGCAAGUAUUCAAGGUAUACAGAAGAAAGACAUGUUUUUGAACAAACUUUGCCCAAAUGAUGAAGAGGAAGAAGAUCCUACUGUUGAGCAACUACCUCCUGUAUACCCUGUGCAUAAUUCUGAGCAAGAAUGGGAUCAAAUGGCUCCUGUGUUAGGUAUGAAAUUCACAAAUCCUAGUGAACUCAAACAUUGUCUUACCAACUAUGCUGUUAAGCAUGGUUAUGAUUUGUGGCUUAGUGACUUACAAGUGGGUAGGGAAACAAUUUUUCAAUGUACUUAUAGAAACCCCAAGCUUACUUUGAGGAAGAUGAAAGAUCAAAUCUCAAACACAUACAACAUCAUAGUUAGCAUUGGACAAUGUAGAAAUGCAAAAAAGUUUGCUUUGUCUGAGAUUGAAGUCACUCUGAAAGAGCAUUAUAGUAGGUUGUGGGACUAUGGCACUGAAAUCAAAAGAGCUAAUCCAGGAUCAACUGUAAGCAUGGAAGUGGACAAUAUGCCUGAUGGAAGUACAAUGUUCAAACGGUUUUAUGUAUGCUUCAGAGGUGUAAGAGAUGGUUGGGUAGAGGGGUGUAGAAGAGUCAUUGGGAUUGAUGGAUGGUUUCUCAAAGGAAUUUGCAAGGGUGAACUCUUAGCUGCAGUGGGUAGGGAUUCCAAUAAUCACAUGUUCCCUAUAGGUUGGGCUGUUGUAACUGUUGAGAACAAAGAAACAUGGAAAUGGUUCCUUGAUCUACUGAUGGAUGAUAUUGAAAGAGGCAAUGGAAAUGGACUUACUAUUCUCUCUGAUGGACACAAGGGUUUAAUUGAAGCUAUCAAGGAAAGGGUUCCUCAUGCUGAGCACAGAUUAUGUGCUAGGCACAUACUAGCCAACUUCAACACAAGGUUCAAAGGUGAGCAUUUUAUGAAGCCUUUUUGGAAGGCUGUGAAGGCUACCACAAAACAGAAACAUGAAGCUGCUAUGAAAGAGAUCAAGGAAUUAGAUAGUAGGGCAUUUGAUUAUCUCAUGGAGAGGGACCCUAAAUGUUAUUGUAGGGCUUUUCAAGUAGAAGGGGUAUUCUGUGAUGCUAUUGAAAAUGGAAUUUCAGAGAGUUUUAAUGCUAAAAUAGUUGAGGCUAGACAUAAACCAAUAAUAACAAUGUUGGAGGAUAUCAGGGUUUAUGUGAUGCAGAGGUUAUACUAUCAGAGGACUAAGGGAGAGUCUUGGGAUUUAACUAUAUGCCCAUCCAUUAGGAAGAAAAUAGCAGAUUUGAAGGACAAACAGAGAUUCCGGGCAGUGUACCCUUGUGGAUAUCAACAAUUUGAGGUGGUGUUAUGUAAUGAUAGGUAUGCAGUUGACCUGAUCAGAAGGACUUGUGGAUGUAGGAGAUGGCAGUUGACUGGCAUACCUUUUGUACAUGGAGUGGCUGCAAUUUCAUCCAUGAACUUGAACUCAGAGGAUUAUGUAGCUAGUUGUUACACUCUCUGUGGACACAAAGUGACUACACAAAGCCUUUACCCCGAAAGAGUAGAAGGCUACCUGGAAGGCCAUCUACUAAUAGGAGAAAAAGUGUAG